AUGACUUGGCUCUCUCUGCUGUCCAGCCAUUUUUUUUUUUUUUUGGCUUUAUCUGCAGUUAGCAGCAGUUGCGUAUAUGUCGGUGACGUGGUGGUGGGAUCACUGGUAACGUUUGUCAGGGCGGCCAUCUGUGGUGGACCUGAUAACCAUUCGGCGCUAAGAAUGGCCACAUUCUUCCGUACCGUUAUCCAUUACCGUGCCUCCCCUUUACUGUUUCUUUUUCACACUCAUUUUUCUCUCUUUGUUUCAUUGUCUCUCUCUUUUUCCUUCUCUUUUUCUCUGUCUUUAUCUCUCUCUCUCUCUCUCUGUCUUUCCUCAUUCUCUUUCACACAUUUUCUUUUUCUAUUUCUCCGUUUCUUCUUCUUCUUCUUCUUCUCUCUCUCUCUCUCUCUCUCUCUCUUUCUCUCUGUCUCUCUCUUGCUAUUUCCCUUUUCUUCUCUUUUUGCCUUUCCUACUUCCUUUCUUCCUUUCUUUCUUUCUUUCUUUUCACCUUCAUUUUUUUCAAUAUUUCCCCAACUCGAUAACCGUUAUUCAAUCGACACCACCGGAAGUGCCUGUUGCCAAAAUGUCUCAAUGAUCCUAUAUCUUAAUCUUCCCCAUUUCUUUCUUUCUUUCUUUCUUUCUUUUUCUUUCUUUCUUUUUUUUUUCUUUCUUUCUUUCUUUCUUUCUUUUCUUUUUUCUUUCUUUGUUUCCUUCUUUCAUUUUGUUUUCUUACUCCUUUUUUUCUUUCUUAAUAUUUUCUUUCUUUCUUUUCUUUCUCAAUUUUUUCAUCUUGUUUUCUUUCUUUCUUUUUUUUUCUAUUUAUUUUCUUUUCUUUUCUUUUUUCUUUCUCAAUAUUUUCACUCUUUCUUUCUUUUUUUCUUUCAUGUUUUUUCUUUUUUCUUUUCUUUUUUCCUUUCUUUUCAAUAUUUUUCCUCCUUUCUUUGUCCCCAAUAUUUUCUUUUUCUUUCUUGA